GCCACGCCUCAUCGCAGUCAACCACGCCUCGGUGCGAAGAGCUUAGGCGCGGAGUGGAUUACAAGCGCCGAGGGAGAGCAUAGCGUAAGCCAGGCCAAGGGAGAAGAGGAGCGUAGCUUUCCUUCCCAAGAGGUAGUCACAUCAGGGCCAUUGACAGGUCUCUGACACGUCCUAGGUAGAGGGAUGGUCUGGACAAGGCCUAAAAUCCUUAGUGUGCCAGUGGUCACAUCAUUGUAUCCCAAUAGUCACAUCGUUGUAUCCCCACUUGAGUCAACCAC